GGAAGCUAGUUGUUGAUUAUUGAAGCUCUUUUGUGAAAUGAAGUUGCUUUUUCAUUGUGGAUUGAUUUUUUGUGCUGUAAGUUCAGUUGCAGAAGCUUUUUUUGACAAUAAUGAAGUUUUUGGUAAAAAUAGGCAAUUUAUUGGUGUAAGAGUCAAUGAAAUACUCGAGGCAAAAUAUCCAAAUCUGCAUCUGAUCCUCGUCAAUCCCUACAACAAAUCACAAACAGCAGCAUUCACUCUCCAAAACCUAACAACUAUCUACUCGAAUUCCUGGUUCAAUCCAACUAGAAACACCGUCAUUUAUGCCUUUGGAUUUACUAAAAAUAUUGACGAUUCGCUAAGUCAGACUAUUUUGGAUGCUUAUGUCAAAAGAGGUGGUCACAACAUAAUUGUUAUCGAUUGGUCUGCCUACAAUGGAGUUACUGUAGCUGAUUAUCCAGCUGCUAUUGAGAAUAUGAAAGUUAUUGGUGAACUUGUUGGUGCUAGAAUUGCAAUGACUUUUAGGAAUUUUGCGACACUGAGGUUUCAUUUGGUUGGCCACUCCUUAGGAGCACAUCUAGUUGCCUACAUCAACCGCGGAAUUCCAAAAUCAUUCCUGACUCCACAAAUUCCAAAAAUCAUUGGAUUAGACCCAGCUGGUCCGUACAUGUAUAACUCGUCCUACAAUCAUCAUCCACUAAAUGCUUCAGAUGCUUCAACAGUUCUUGUAAUUCACACUGAUAUGAUUGCAUUUGGUGCACCUGUAAAAUGUGGAACUAUUGACUUCUAUCCCAAUGGAGGUGGGAAAACUGAAGUACAACCUGGAUGUCCACCUUUAGAUUUCGUUGAUCAAUUUGUCGCGACUAAUUUCUGCUCACAUCAAAUGGCAGUUUAUUAUUAUGCAGAAUCUGUGGCAAACAAAGGAACGAAUGCAUUUGCAGCAACUAAAUGUUCAAGUUAUGAUGACUUUGUAGCUGGAAAGUGUCGAUCGAGAAGUCAACAGAUGGGCUACAGUGCAAGGGAAUAUAUGACAGGAGAUUUUUAUUUGCAGACUAAUAAAAUUGCACCAUUUGAUCGUGGAUCCUUAGGUGUGACAUAUUCUAGCAGUACUGCCUGAAUAUUUUGUAAUGUUAACAGUUGUUGUUGUUGAAUAACUUUGACCUUUGACUAAAAAAGUGCCCAAACCUUGGAAACCUUUAAAAUCUUCAUUUGAUCAUAACAACUCAAUUUAUAGUUUUUUAUCAAGUUUGAACUUCUUAUCUGUCACACAAGAGAGAGAAAAAACAUUCAUUUCCAGUUCCAUUAUCA